AACCCCAAGAACUGAACUUCUACUUUAGUCCAUCCUCUUUGGUCUGCAGCAUCCACAUGUUUUUGAAAAUCCUAAACUGAUGUUUGAAAUAUUGUUUGAAGAGUUGAUCCAUUGUUGAGUCCUGCCGACUAACAUUUACAGCUGUUUGUAGAAUUAAUUCCUUCUGAAAGAUGCUGAGACCCCUUGGGACAUUUUCUUUAUCGCAAUAUACGUUGGAAUUACUCGCUAAAAAUGGAUUUAACUACUUGGAGGACGUCCUUAAAGCUCCAGAAGCUGCUAGGAGAUUCGUGGAUGUCGAUGAAUUAAUUAAGGCUUCGACACCUAUACAUGCUGUCUCAGCACUCGAUCAGUGGCAGGCGGAAUUGCUCUGUCACCGGGUCACAACAUUCAGCAAAGCAUUGGAUUCACUCUUGGAGGGUGGAGUUCCCUGUGGGAGUAUUACAGAGCUUUGUGGUGCACCGGGGUCAGGAAAGACACAGAUUUGCUUCCAGCUAUGCUUAACAACUCAACUACCCCAAAUGGAAGGAGGUCUAGACGGCCCAGUGCUCUUUAUCGACAGCAGGCGUGGUUUCUCCCCUCGUCGUCUCCAGGAGCUGAUUGUAGGGUAUCACAAGGAUUUUCCCGACGCUGGGACGAGGAAUUUUCUACGAGGUGUUACUGUUGUCACUAUUCGCACAGCGCAAGAUUUGUUUUCGAUUAUUGAGGGGAUUCGGGAAUAUCUGAAAAGUGAUAAUCUCCUGAGGGUUGUGAUAAUUGAUAGUCUCUCUCUGCCUGUGUUGUGCUCGAUAGAGAAUAGUUUUGUUAGGUAUAAAUUCUACUGCAAAGUAUUUGAAGAACUCCAGAAACUCGCCUCGGAGUACAAUAUUGCGAUAGUGAUUGUUAAUGAGUUGGUCACUCAAGUUGAUGCCAAAAAGAAUAUCGGAUUUGUCAGUGGUGGAGGACAGACUGUUGCUAAUCGGUGUCAGAGGAGACUACUGCUGGCUCGUUUGAAUGACAUCGUCUUCGCAGCGAAAAUCCUCAAGUCACCGGUUUUUCCACAGAGAGCGAGAACUUUCCGGGUGACUGCGGAUGGAAUCAGGAAAUGAGUCCUACUGAGAGAGCAAGAGGACGGAUAAAAGUUGUUGAACUGUCUCCAAAAUUCAAUAAGAAUUAGUUAAUCAAGAUUUCAGGAGCGAAUGCACUUGAAAAUGGGAAUUUUGAAAAUCCCGGUCGCUUUAGGGUUUAGCGGUCGUAGCAGCGCUAGUUUUAUCUAUAAUAUAAUGCAUUGGAUUGAAGCGAAAAAAAAUAGUUUUUUUGACCUCUCAAAGUAUAUUUCCCGGCGCAAUGAUUCGUGUGAUCGCUGAAACCAUAGCGCACAGUGAAAACCGCCUUCAGAAAACGAGGCCCACGGUUUUUUUCAAGUCAAUUAUUUUUUUCCCCUCAAUGUGAAAAAUACUUUAUAUAAUGCUAAUAUUAUUGAACAACUAGGAUUACGUGU